CACUGUGGUGUGCCCUGCUGGUGUGGACUGCCUGCGCCCCCUGCUGCGACCUUUCGCGCCCGGCUUAUCAGUCGACUGCCUUCAGCCGUACGCCACCAGGGCUGAUUUCACUCCACAGCCGCAAUUCUCAGCAGUGUCCAAAUAUUCUCUCCUCCUUUUUUGCUCCCUCUCAAAUCUUAUCAAUUGAGUAAGUAGCCAAGCCUGUCUGAACGUCUUCCAGUGUCACCGCCUUGUCCUCGCCAACCGUCAAUCAUGCUUGUCAAUAUAAUGGAUGGCCCAAACACUAUUAUUACGCAUCAUGCAAUUUUGAUUGGAAUCGACGCUUAUCCAGACAAACCACUCAAGAGCUGUGUUAAUGACGUUCAAGAUACCAAGAUGUUUCUCGAAGGCACACUGAAAGAUUUUGUUGAGAUACAGGCAUUCACAGCAAGCCAGACCAGCCACAAAAUCUCUAACCCAGCGCAAGAUCCGAUGCUCUGGCCAAGCCGCGAAAAUGUCAUUCUGGCCUUCGAAACGGUCACUUCUCUCUCCAAAGCCGGUGAUUAUGUUUACAUCCAUUACUCUGGGCACGGCACUCAGAAACCGCCGUCUGGUGACUUCUCGAACACGUCGACAGGCGAUCUGGCGCUGGUCCUCCUUGGUGGAGGGAAGGAGAACCGAAAGCAGUAUCUCUGGGGCUUCGAACUAGCAUCUUUGCUAAAGAAUAUGGUUGACAAUGAUCUGGUUAUUACUCUCAUUCUUGACUGCUGUUUCUCCGGCAGUGUCUAUCGCCACGAUGAACCCAGCGUUCGCUUUCUCCCUUACGAUCCUGAGUUCGAGUCAGACCGUCCAUUAGAUCCCAAGAAGAACGUGGAGGAUGGCAUGUACCGCGAUGUUUCUAUGCAACCGAACUGGCUUCUCAACCCAGACCGGUACGCGAUACUCACCGCAUGCGGUCCUCACCAAGUAGCAAUUGAGCCCAGAUUCGAGGGGAAGAAUCACGGAGCGUUAUCUUAUUUCCUGCUCGACUUCGUCAAGGACUUCGGCCUUACGAAGAGACAUAGGGACAUGCACAAUUACCUGUGUGCAAAAUUCAGAGACUCAAUCUUGCCUCAAAAUCCCGUCCUUUAUGGGAAUGGAAAUCAAGGCUUCUUCGGAAAAGUCAGUUCAGAUAUCAACAAUGCCGCUAUUCCAAUUAUUGUCAGACAAGACGGUACUAUCGAACUUCAAGCCGGGUACGCACACGGCGUCAACACUGACGAUCAACUUCUUUUGCAUCCCUUAGAUUGUGUUGAGCAUGAGCCUAGAUCACGAUGGCACUCGGUGGCUGCAGAGGUAGCCGAUGCUAGAGCUCUCACUUCGGAUAUAAAGUUAUCGGAUACACCGUCAAUUCCUAUUCAGACAGGAUGGAUGGCGAAAGUCCUUACUAGAUCCGCCCUUCAAAAGUUUCCAAUACGACUCUCAUCCGAGCUUCCAUGUCGGGAUGAAUUGCUCAAAGCUCUAAAAGACCGAUCACUUGAUGUUAGUAUCGACUCAGAAGAUCACCCGUUCGCGAUUAAUGUAGUAUCAAACGAGAGAAAAUACGAAAUUCCAAACGAAGAAGGGUAUGAGAUCAUCGAUCUGACCGGUAUACCACAAGACCAGUCCGGCAUGGGCCAAAUUGGGAGCAUUUUGGAGCACCUAGCUCGGUUUCGACUAGCUAGGGAUCUAGUCAACGAUGCGUCUACAGAUCCUUUCCGAAAGUCCUUUGAGGUGCGGAUUGUAAGCAACAGGGGGGUUUUCAGUCCAGAUUGCUUGAUCGAAAUGGAAGAUGAUACUACAGCAGACUUAAUCAUAGAAAACAAAGGGGACGAAGAUCUGUAUAUUUCCGUCUACGAUCUUGGUCCUUGCUGGCAAGUACAGAACCCGUUUCGCGGAACAAACAUAGUUGUUAGGCCACAGAGCAAUGGCAAACAAAACAAACCUAUUCGGAAGAAGAUCAUGAUGACGAUCCCCAAACGAAUGAGAGAGAAAGGAUACUGCUCAUGCAAAGACAUACUCAAGAUCUUUGCUACCUCUCGAGCAAUAUCUUUCGAUUCGUUAGAGUUGCCUAGACUAGGCGAACGAGCCAAAACGCCUGCGGCCAAUAGGACUAGCCAAGAUGGGGGUAGUGGACGAGAGAAUUGGGCGGCUUUGAAUUUCUCUUUUCAUACCUCUCUUCAAAGAAAUACGAGCACGCAGUAGACACAUCUAUGCAAGUCGAUAAGCUGAAACCGACUUUGUGGCUGGUAGCCAGGCGAGCUGGCGAGGCUGAUUUUGUUUCUGGUAAUGAUCGUCAUUCAUACCACUCAUCCAUAGCCAAAUACACAUUAUAGAGUGUCAAGACCU